AUGGCAUAUGGAUCAAGUGUAUUUCAGCAAAAAAAUCAUGACUCCAGUGCAAGUAUGGUGGAUCUAGUAUUUGCAGUCGAUGAUCCAAUAUCUUGGCAUGAAGAGAAUAUUGAGCGCAAUCCACGACAUUAUUCGAUUGUUAAGUAUCUGGGAGCUCCUAAUGUUGCUGCAUUCCAAGAGAAUUUUGGUGCAGGGAUUUAUUAUAAUACACUGGUUCCUCUUACGGGCACUUUACUUGGGACACGAUUAAUUAAAUAUGGUGUUGUGAGCAUACAAACACUAUGUGAAGACCUCGAAACCUGGAAAACACUCUAUCUUAGUGGUCGAAUGCAUAAACCUGUUAAUAUUCUUGCCACAAAUGAGCACAUUCAAGCAGCGACGUCGAUGAAUUUGUCACAUGCACUGAAUUAUGCACUUCUUUGUCUACCAACGAAGUUUUCCGAGUAUGAGUUAUACAUGAAAAUUGCAGGAAUUUCAUACUUAGGCGAUUUUCGAAUGACAUUUGGUGAGAACCCGAAGAAAGUACGCAACAUUGUGGACGGUAAUCUUCAGGCAUUUCAAAAACUCUACCAAGAUAAAAUUCAGAACUCGCCAUUCAUGACGCGGUUGGUCUCUGAUAAUAACAUGUUAGUUGCGGAUAGCGAUAAUUACAAGGUGAGGCAAACCAUUGUCGGUGCUUUGCCGUCCAACGUGCUUCGACGACUGGCCACGAGAUCCCGCACAUCACCUGAAGCACUUGACCACGAGACUGUCACGAAAAAACAGCUGCAGCGCGUCAUUGCGUCGAUAGUAUUUCGGUCAAGCCGAUCGCAAAGUAUCAAGGGCAUUGCCACUGCUGGAGGUGUCAAAACAAUCAUCUACGUUGCGCAAAAGCUCAAGCGCACGUACUUCAAGUAUUCAAGCUAG